AUGACGCCCAGCCAAGAACCUACAGCAGAAGGCGGGCACGCGGCGCCGGCUCCCUCGGACAACUCUGUCAGCUGUGUCGUUGAGACGCGCAAUGCCGAGAGCGAAGGUGCUGCAGCCGACCGCCUCGGGCUCAAACAAGACCUCCUGGGCGCUCUAUCAGGCAUCCAGACGUCGGGGUCCUUUGCGUUGUUUGGCGUGCUGCCCCGGCCGCCGCCUGCGGGCAUCUUCGUCGAUGGCAUCGGCGACAUCGCCAUGCCGCUCGGGGAGUCUCAGACGUCCCAGCUCAUCGCAAAGGCCCGCCAGGCGCCCUAUGGCAAAGGGAGCACCACCAUUGUCGACACUGCCGUUCGGAAUACGUGGAAGCUGGACGCAGAGCAGUUUGCCUUGCGGAGCUCGGCGUGGCCAGGCUUUCUUGGGGCUUUGUGUACCCGCGUGGCCCGGGACCUGGGGAUCAACUCGACCAUCACGGCCAAGUUAUAUAAGAUGCUCAUCUACGAGAGAGGUGCCAUGUUCAAAGCACAUACUGACACCGAGAAGAUUCCGGGCAUGUUCGGCACCCUGGUCAUUUGCCUGCCAUCGGCACACCUGGGCGGAGAGGUGGUAGUCAAGCAUUAUGGCCGGAAAAGGGUCCUGAGGACGUCCGAGGCCGCGCAGUCUUUCGCCAGCUGGUACUCGGACGUGUCGCACGAGGUCCUUCCUGUUACCUCAGGUGUCCGCUGGGUGCUAACCUACAACCUCGCCCUCGAUUUAGACGCGGCAUGCCCGUCGGCAGGUCUACAACGGUCCGAGACGCGCGCGCUCCGCCAUGCUCUAAGACGGUGGUUUGCCGAGGACAAAGCGUCGCGUCAGAGGCACUUUGUCUACCACGUGCUGGACCACGAAUACACCGAAGCCAACGUCUCUCUCAGGGCCUUGAGGGCACGAGAUCUGGCUCGGGUUCAGGCUCUCAAGGAGGCGUCCGCCGAGUUUCCCCUUCACAUCUUUCUCGCGCUGCUGGAAAAAGAGGAAUCCGGAAGCUGCGAGUACGACCACUGGGAAAGGAGGGACUACUCCCGGUAUUAUGAUUGCGACGAGGACGACGAAGAGGAAGAAGUAGAUGAACCAGGCUACCAUAACCUUGAGGAGGUCUUCAAGACACGCUACGGAGUCAAGACUCUUGUUGACUUGGACGGCCGUAUGGUGAUGCAGGGUUUGCAGCUUGAUCAAGAUGACAUCCUCCAAGGAGUACAAAGGGGGCCGACAGCGACGCAUUGGUAUCGCGCCACGGCCGUCGCGAUGGUCCCUUGCGACUGGAUCGUCUCUUUCUUCAAUUCCGGCGAUCCUUCUCAAUGCCAUUCCUCGUCGCGCAGCAGCCUUGCGCUACAGAUCCGCUAUCUGGCCAGAGCAUGUUUGCGGCCCGAGGCGCCGGAGCCUUCCAUCAUCGCUCUGGUAACCCUCUGCGAGAAAGCGUGGGCUCCCCAGCACGACACGAGCUACGGCCACGGCGCGCAGCAACCGUCGGUGGAUGCCCAGGGCAGACGCGACGUCCUCAAGGUUGCGGUCCAGCGCGGACGACAUGCCCUCUUCGAACAGGCUGCUUUACACCACCAGGGCCUUUUGACGCUCGACUUUUUCGCUUGGAUGCGGCAGCGGCUGGCGAUUGGUCAUGGUGACCCCGAUGCACUGUUCAACGCCUUCCAGAAGGGAAUCUCCUCUGCCGUUUCGUCGUAUCCGCAUUUCGCAGACCAAGUCAGGGCAAUUUCGAACCUGGCGCCCAUGCCGCGCGACGCCUCGACCUCCGGCGCCGUCUGCACGUCUCGUUGCGUCCUUGAUUGGGCUCGCGGGAUGCUCAGCUCUUGCCGUGCCUGUUCUCCGUCUACUUGA